GUGGGCAAAGUGAUGAGGCUGCGUCAUUUUGUAUGAUUGGUACACGGAAGCAAAAGAUGAAGCCUUACGAAUAGCAUCAGAUAUAGAAUAUACGCAUGUCUAAAUCUCCGAGCAAGUUUUUCUACAGUCAGGUUUUAUCGAGAAAAUGGACUUGUUCAAAGACAGGAUUGAGCGACGGUCGCGUCAUACAUUCCAGGCCGAUGCACGAGAGAGCAAACUAGAAGCUAUUCGGUUGUGCAAAUCAAGCCAUGAUAUUGCCGAUAUCACCAGUCAAAUAGUAAAUGCGUCACAGAUAGAGCUAUGGAAAAGGAUUGCAUGCCAGCACUCGCAGCUGUUCAUCAUUCGACAGAGGAAUACCUGGGCUAGAUUAGGCAUAUCCAAAGAACUCUUCCAGAAAUUUCUCGAUACAUACUUCGUCUUCCCGGAUAUAUGGAAGUCCAUCUUUGCUCUUGGAUUUAAGCUUCAAGAGAAUGAAUUUAUGUUUCCUGGUCCUUGCUCCAAACAUUCCACUACAAACCAAGGCGAGAAAUAUGGUAUGUUAUGUCUACCAGAUUGUUGCUAUGAGAUUGACAGAUUAGAAAUAUCGUAUAUACUCCGUCGUGUCGAACUGAAUGGACGCAAAUGUGGACCGGGAGAAUCACCGUGGUCGAUCCGUCAAACGGCCGUCUAUCAUCAACUGGGCCCAAGGGACGAUGGAGAACAAUACAGAUCCGUCUAUCUUCUUAUUUCCCCGUCGCCUGACUUUAGGAACGGACUAUCGCAUACAAUGAAUACUGCUGCUACAGAAGAGCUGAAUCCUUGGAUGGUUCACGGGUUACUGGUUGCAGACAGCGGAAGAGGAUGGACAGAGUAUCUAUCUUGGAUAGAAGAUCAACUACAAGAAAGAGCCCAACCUAUCCUUCUAGCAACAGUGGGUGAUAAGAACGACGUCAACUUAACCAAUUACAAGUUCCGUUUCGAUGACAUACAGGAUCUGAAACAUCUGGAGAACUCCAUAUCGAGUCUGCAAGUCAUUCUUCCGACGAUGCUGGAGAAUAUUACACGUGUCCGAGAGAUUUGCCACCGAUAUUGCUCUCGAGUAUGCAGCCUCGCCCCACCAUGUGAUUGUGGUAAUUUACUGGAGGAAUUCGAUGAUAAUAUUGAUGAUACGAAGAGAAAUAUUCAACGAGUACAAGUGCUGAAAGAGAGAAUGGAGUCUACUACUCGACUUUUGACCGAUUUAUUAUCCUACGAAGAGGCCAACGCAAUGAAAGGCCUCGCGGAAGAGUCCCAAGAAGAGGGCAAGGUUAUGUCUUUACUUGCAUUUCAAAGCACCAAAGAUGCAGCCGCAGUCAAAGUCUUGACGGUGAUCAGUUUGAUCUACCUCCCUACCACCAUCGUCGCCAAUUUCUUCUCUACGGAAUUCGUUUCGGGCAGCAACGGAAGCAUGCAAAUCUCACCCCAGGUUUGGAUUCUGGCUGCGGUGUCUGUCCCUCUGACUAUCAUCACGGUGGCUCUAUGGUGGCUGUGCGUGCGGUUUGCCUCGCCACUUCAUCAACGAUAUCGGAGUGAUUCUCUCGUGGGGGGCAGGGAUAGGAGGAACAUGUGGAGGAUGAUGUCACCGAGGGGCAUCGAGGACAUAGAGCAGGGAUUCCCGCGAGAAAUCGCAGAAGGCUCACCGCGAAGAACAGCUGGCCGGGUGUCCCAGGAAAAGAUCGAGUAAGGCGCUAGACAAGGGUGACAUCGCCGAUUAGGUGUCCGAGCCAGACAAACAAACUCGAUAUCAGAUCCGGAACGUACGGAGGGGGACGGGCAGGGACGAAUGAUGGAAGGCGUUUUAACCUGAGUGUGCCCGGAUAUUAUUGCGAGAUUCAGCGAUUGUUCUAUUGCACCUUCCUCUUCUGAAACAAGCUAAAGAUGACCAAUUCACCCUCUGAGUGAAGCCUUGUCGCCGCAGCCUCCUUAGCCGCUGGGACACCACUAACCUGGCCGUCGACAAACUAAUCACGCAUUAAACUGCCUAGGAUGAGGGGUCAUCUGGGGCAAGUGCUCGCAGAUCAAUACACCACACAGCCAGUAUUAUCGUCCGUAAAAAAAAAA